AUGAGCAAAAGCAAUGCAGAGGAGAGCGAGAUGGGCAGUGAGUUGGUGGAGGAAGAGGAAGGGGAGAGUGAGGAAGACCCAAAGAGGAAAGGGAGGGACAGGAGAGGGGCGGCCAAAGCAGGGAAGAAGGGGGCGGCCAAAGUAGAGGAGAAGCCGGUGAAAGGGGCGCCUGAGAAGAAGAAAGGGGCCAAGAAGGACAAUGCCAAAGCCCAGCUGAAAGGGGCCACCAAGGCCAUGGCCAUGGCCAAAAAGGAGGGUCCGGCGAAGCCUGCGAAGAAGCGAAGCCUGAAGAGCACCUCCAAGAUGGUCAUGGGCUUCAAAGGGCCCGGACAGAAGAAGACACCCAAGAAGUCCCAUUUCAAGAAUGCCUCCCGCUUCUUCUGGGGCCUGAAGAAGCACAGCACCAAGCGGAAGAAGACCAAGAACAAAAACACGGGGGUGAUGAAGUCCACCUCCAACCUCAUGAUGCGCUUCAAGGAGUUGGGGAAGAAGAAGAAGAAGAAAGAGGAGCCGGCACCUGGAGCAACCAAGAAGCCUUCAUUCAUGCUGAUCCGGUUGGGUGGCCGAAAAACGGAAGAACAAUUCAAGCUCCGGGCCCAGAUCGUCAGCAAAGUGGCCUCCGCUACCAACUGGUUGGCCCGGAGGUUCAUGUCCGACCAUUGCACUUGCGCACACAACUCAAGGGUGACCGACGAAUCCUGGUUGAAUCGGAUCGGGGCCAAGAAGCUCCCCUUCCCUUCUGGCGAUGAAGUUCUGAAGCACCGAGCAAAUAUGAAGAAGAUUCCUGGAAGAGACACUCUCUACGGCCAAACCCAGGAAGAAUUUGGUUACUGGGACAAACUGGAUUCUGGCGUGCCGGCUGAUAACUACAGUGACUACCGAGAGGAGAGCAGUUAUGACCCACUGUCCUCCUCCCGCCGUGGAUACCUUGAAAGAAACGGGCCAUAUCGGAGCAGGACUAUUAUAGAAGACCCGGUGGACUACUAUGACCAAGACCAGUAUGACUACCACAAGUAUAAAAACCAACAGCAAUAUGCCCCCUCGGCCAGUUAUUCGCCCUAUGAACCCUACGAUGGCUUCGGAAAUGAGUACGAAGGGGUCGAAGGGCCACAAGGGCCCACUUACGAAGAGACGGGUCAGGUGGAGUAUCCCAACGAGGACGUCUACUCUCAGCACGAAGUCAGCUACAGCGAACAGGAGUGGCCCUCUGAGACGCAGGCUUCCUACAACCCUUAUGCUUAUCCGUUGGAUGACAUUGCAGAGACAGACGAGACUGAAGGCAAUGAGGGAGGCCUAGCGGGUUACCGCUUCCCUUCUUUUCACUCUUCUCCACCUGGAGAACAAGGUGGGAUAGAUGAUUUGACCUCUCAGCUGUCUUUGAACAGGGGGUUCCGGCUUUUUCCGAGGCCCCAAGUGAAGCUGUUCGGCGUAGACAAACUUGACGUCACGCUCCCACCUUCCCCACACUUUCCCUUUAGUCCUUGGGAUCUUGAGGAAGAGGAGGAAGAGGAAGAAGUGGAGGAGGAGGAGUCUGAGCCUUUAGUUUCUCCCUUUGCCCAGUUUGACAAUCAGAAUCUGGACCCCCCUAGGUCUGCAGGGACCUUUUCGAAGAUGUUGCCUAGCUGCUUUGUCACCAAGCUGCAAAGGCCUCUCUAUAGAAACCCAACUGGGAGAAGUUUCGGCAGCAGAAUGAGUCCAAGUAACCCUGAUAUCUCCCCAAGGGAGUAUGGAAGCCCCCUUGGCCAGUUUCUACAAAAGACCCUCUCCCAACCAAAGCCCAUCCUGAAGCACCGCAGGAGUGGAGGACCAACCAGGCCUCCUACGCCUCCUCCAAUGCAAAGAGGUCCUUCACUGUUCAGUGAAAGAUGGCUGACAAGGCCUGCUUCUCCUCAACCACCCCCAAUGAGACACUUUGAAAUGCCGAGUUCAGACCCUUCUCCAAAACCCGCGAGGCGGUACGGGGCUCUUCCGCCAUCUCAUCCCUCGGUGCGGUUACGAGACGCUCUUCACGAAGAACUGCACAAUACGCUCCCGUUCCUGGGAUUGCCUUCCUCCAAGAAGGGCCACCAAGGCCUUGGCACCUCAUUGUGGAAAUCCAACCCCAUGUCUGCCAUCAACAAAAGCUCCCCUCAACUUUCACAGAGACAGAACUCAUCCACGUCUCUGAGAUCGUUGGGGUCCAACAGGCGAAAUCAACCCAUGAAGAAGAACCCAACAGGAGGUUCUGCCAUGCAAUCAUCUUCUUCACCUCAAAUGACAGCACGCAACACACUCGCAAAUAAACGCAACCCAUCGUCCUCAAGCUUAGCCUCCGUCCAGACCCUAAAGACGGGUAUUCCUUUCAGCCGCUCUUUGUUCUAUGCUCCCUAUAAGCCUGGCUCAGCCGAGGAUGAGGACUUUCCAGGAAGGUAUGGCCCAUCAUCUCAUCCAGCCCCAAAUCCCUUUCGGCCCCCGAGAAAGAUGAACAAUUUCCCUGUUGACCCCAUGGGGAGGUUCCCACAAGCUUGGAACAGACAGAACGAGCCCCCCACCAAAGCGGUGAAGCCAUUAAUGCGGGAUCAGUACAUGAGGCAAUUUGUCCCACAGUCCCCCAUUUUAUCCGCCCGGGACUCCCCUCACAUGCCGAGCAGGCAAGGCAGCCGGAGGGUCACCAUCCGCGAAUCGCCAAUAGAUCCAUCUCCAUAUGCUCAGCCUUACGAAGAGGCUGAAGGGUCAGCGGAGACACCAUACUGGCCGCAGGAACAAUGGGAUUACCCUCCAGGAAAUGGACUAAGAGGCCGGCGGAAUUCCUUGCCCAAGAGAGGGUCUUCCGCAAGUCUAAGAAGUGUUUCCAAUUUCCCUCAACAACCACCAAGUCCGGCCCCUAGCGCCCGCAAGGCCUUCCUUCAACGGAUCGGCCAGCCUCUCGCCGGGAUGGCGCAACCCGCUUCCUACAUGGAUCUGGAAGAUGUCAAUCCAUACCAGGCUCAGUUUGGUCACUCCCCUGGACCUUCUCCAGCGCUUUCUAGAAGGUCUUUCCCCGAGGAGCCGUUUGCCGAGACAGUGGGAGAAGGGGACUACGCUCUGUCACUUACUCCGAAGAUGACCCGCAAAUAUUCCUCUGGGAAUAUGUCCUACGGUGCUCCUGCUGGUAAUUUAGGCAGCCCGGCAUCCCAGCGGAGAUACUCAUUUAAAGGGUCACGAGGUGGUCCAUCCAUGGCUUAUUAUUCCCCGCCUUUCCAAGAUAGAUAUGAACAGCCUCCAAGACCGGUUCCUCCCCAUUUUCCAGAUGAGUUUCUAGAACACGGAAUGGAGGAUGGUUUGGGGAGGUACGCCGUGGUGACCCCACAGAUCCAUCGGAUGGGUUCUUCCUUCAGGAGGUCCUCCGGCCGGCAAAACCAACCCUGGAGCGACUACCACACCGUCCAUGUUCAUGAGAUGCCUAACGAAUGGGCAACGGGGAAGCUCUACCAGCGCCCUCCAACCGGAAGCUCCAAGCGGAAGGGCUCUCGCCGAGGUGGAAGCAGCCUCUUCUGGUACUUGACACGGGGGUCGUCGGUACACAAGCAAGACUAUGGUGGAACCAACAGUAAUUGGCAGUGCAAGAUGCACUCCGUCCACAACUUGCAGUCUGGGGCCCAGCAAGGAGACGACGGCGUGGAAGACAUGACUCAAUUGGAGGAACUCAAAGAAAGCAUCGUUCUCCAGAACCUCAAGAAGAGAUUUGAAAAGGGACUCAUUUACACUUACAUCGGCAGCAUCUUAGUCUCGAUGAACCCUUACAAAAUGUACAACAUUUACGGGACCGAACAAGUGCUGCAAUACGAAGGCAAAGCUCUGGGGGAGAACCCGCCUCACCUUUUUGCCGUCACUAGUAUCGCCUACAGCAAGCUGAGAGAUGCCAAAUUCAACCAGUGUAUUAUUAUAAGCGGUGAGAGCGGCUCUGGGAAAACAGAAGCCACCAAGCUGAUCCUUCGUUACCUGGCGGCAAUUAACCAGAAACACACAGCAACACAACAGAUCCAGAUCCUCGAAGCCACUCCUUUGCUGGAAUCCUUCGGCAAUGCCAAGACGGUGCGCAACGACAACUCCAGCCGGUUUGGGAAAUUUGUGGAAAUUUUUCUGGAGGACAAUGGGUCCAUCUGCGGUGCCAUCACUUCCCAGUACCUUCUGGAGAAAUCGAGGGUUGUCUUUCAGGCCAAAAACGAACGCAACUACCAUAUCUUUUAUGAGAUGCUGGCUGGACUUCCUGCCCAGCAGAAGAGGAAAUUUGGCCUCCAGGAGGCAGAAACCUACUACUAUCUCAACCAGGGAGGAAACUGUGAGAUUCCUGGCAAAAUGGACCUGGAGGACUUCCACCGCCUCCUUGAUGCCUUGGAGAUCCUGAACUUCACUCCACAAGACCAGGAGAGCAUCUUCCGGAUCCUGUCCUCCAUCCUUCACCUGGGGAACGUCUACUUUGAAAAAUACGAGACGGACUUCCAGGAAGUGGCCUCGGUUGUUAGUGCGAGGGAAAUCCGUGUUGUGGCCGAACUCUUGCAAAUCUCUCCCGAAGGAUUGCAACGGUCCAUCACUUACAAAGUGACGGAGACCAUGAGGGAGAAGAUUUUCACCCCGCUCACUGUCGAGAGUGCGGUCGAUGCCAGAGACGCCAUUGCGAAGAUUUUGUAUUCGCUCCUCUUCAACUGGCUGACGGACCGCAUCAAUAAGCUCAUCUUCCCUCGGCAAGAAACCCUCUCCAUCUCAGUCUUGGAUAUCUAUGGAUUUGAGGAUCUCGGUUUCAACAGCUUUGAGCAACUCUGCAUCAACUACGCCAACGAAUACCUCCAGUUCUUCUUCAACAGGAUUGUCUUCAAAGAGGAGCAGGAGGAAUAUAUCCGUGAGCACCUGGAGUGGAGAGAGAUCCUCUUCAACGACAACCAGCCCUGCAUCGACCUCAUCGCUCAGAAGCCGUAUGGGAUUUUGAAGAUCCUGGACGACCAAAGCAGUUUCCCUCAGGCAACGGACCACACUUUUCUCCAGAAGUGUCACUACCACCAUGGCUCCAACAUACUCUAUUCCAAGCCAAAGAUGCCCCUUCCAGAGUUCUCCAUCCGGCACUAUGCAGGAAAGGUCACCUACCAGGUCCAUAAAUUCCUGGACAAAAACUAUGACCAGGUUCGCCAAGACGUCCUGGACCUUUUCGUCAACAGCAAAACCAAAAUGGUGGCCAACCUGUUCUUCAGCCAUGCUCAAGUGGUGGCUCAACAAAAGACCAUCAUGGGAAGGAACAGCACCGGAAGAAGGAAAUACAAGCCCCAGACGGUGGCGGCCAAGUUCCAGCAAUCACUUUUGGACCUGGUUGAUAAAAUGGAGAGGUGUAACCCUUUCUUCGUCCGCUGCCUCAAGCCCAAUGAUAAAAAGGAGCCAGGACUUUUUGAGUCGGACGUCGUCAGCAGCCAAUUGCGGCACUCGGGCAUCCUGGAGACCAUCCGGAUCCGGAAAUUGGGAUUUCCAGUGCGCAUUCCUUUCCAGAUCUUCAUUGAGAGGUACCGCUGUCUUGUGGACAUCAAGUCCGGCAUGGUCCCCGACGGGUGGAACUGUGUUGGGGUCCUGAAGAAGCUGUGUGCUGUCACCCCAGAUAUGUACAGCAUUGGGACCACCAAGCUCUUCAUGAAGGAGUGCGUCUACCAGGAGCUGGAGGUCAAGCGUGAGCGCAUCGUCCAAAUGGCCGUCGUGACGCUGCAGCGCUACAUCCGGGGCUUCCUGAUCAAGAAGCGCUUCUACACCCUUCGACAUAGGAUUAUCAUGCUUCAGACCCGGGCCCGGGGCUACCUGGUCAGGCAAAGGUUUCGGAGGCUGCGCCGGACGCUCCUCAGGGUCAGGUGCCUGGUGCACAUCUACGUCAACCGCCGGAGGUACCUCAAGAGGAAGGAAGAGGAGCGCCGGAAAGCCGAAGAGGAGAAGAAGAAGAUGGAGCAGGAGCUCAGCAAGCGCGAGGUGAUGAGGGUCGCCAACCUGGAAAUCCCUGCUGAAUUGGUUGGGUUGCUAAAUACUGUGGCAGGUAUAUUUCACAAGCAGGUGAACGAGGACUGCGUCGCCUCCGUCCCUCGUCCCAAACUGCAGGAGGAGUCCCAGCUCACUUUGCCCCUCGACAUCAACAACUACCCCAUGGCCAAAUACGUGCGGAUCCACUUCAAGGAGCCCUUCUUCGGGAUGCUCACCAGGACACUGGCAUCUCCUCUCACUCUCCUGGAUGAGAGCCUGGCACCUGAAGCCAUCAGCAUCUUCAAGCUGGUCCUUCGCUUCAUGGGCGACCCCCAACUCCAUGGCAUGCAGGAGAACCUGUUUGGGAACUAUGUGGUGCAGAAGUGCCUCUCAAUGCCCGGCCUCCGGGAUGAGAUCCUCUCCCAGAUCACCAACCAAGUCUGGCGCAACACCAACGUUCACAAUGAGGAGCGGGGAUGGCUCCUCCUGGCAGCAUGCCUCAGCACCUUUGCACCAUCCCCCAACAUGGAGAAGUUCCUGCUCAAGUUUGUCUCUGACUAUGCCUUUGAUGGUUACAAGUCCGUUUGCCAGCACAAGCUUAUGCAGGCCAUGGAGAAGGCCCAGGCCGGGGGCGACACUGCUCGGUCCUUCCCCCCGACUCUCCUCGAAUGGACGGCCAGCCGGGAUAAGGUCAAUAUGGCCCUGGACAUUUACUGCUUCAACGGAGAUCACUUCUCUUGCCCCAUCCACUCUUGGAUCACCGGAGAAGCCCUUGCUGAGAACGUCCUGAGAUACAGGGGACUCACAGAGGGAUGGAAAGGCUGGUCAGUGACCAUGAAGGAUGGCAACCAGUGGGCAGAAUUGGCUGGUCAUGACUAUGUCCUAGACCUGGUGUCUGACCUGGAGCUGAUCCGGGGCUUUCCAAAGCAGAAGUCCUACUUCAUGAUUGCCUCAGACGAUCUAGAGAAGAAUCCAGUUGGCAAAGCAACAUUCAGACAUGGUUUGGAUUCAAAUGAAGAAGUCCCCCCACCUCCGCUGAUAAAGGCCCCCACCAUUGCGCCGACUCACCUGCCAGAUUCAGAGGGAUAUUACAGCCAUGAUUCAGACACUGUCAGUGAAGCCCGGAGCCAGAAGGGUUUGGAUCAUUACCUGGACAGCCUUUUCGACCCUGUCCUCUCCUACGGGAAUGGGGAACUGGAAAGGUCAUCCGUAGUCUCCCAUCGAAUGAAAGGCGGUGGACAGAUUGGACAGGGCAAUGGAGACCAGGGCAGUGGUGAUGGUGAACCCCAUGGGGGACCCCAAACCUUGGGUGAGGAAAGACCAGACUCAUUUCAAUGCUUUCCUUCKCUUCCAGGUGCGGAGGAGGCUGCUGUGCUGUUAAUGAAGCAGGCUUACCGCCAGCAGGAGUCUGUUUUGGCUCGCCACAUGUCACAGCAGCUCAGUGCCCUCCGUCAGAGACAGCAGCAUGCAGCAGUGGCCCCAGUGGGGCGCAGGUCCUCUCCACAGUCCACUCCAGCAUCGCCCUGCCAUAGAAGCCCUCCCAGGGUGCAGGUGGGACAGCCCUUCCAGGGCCAAUUAUGGGUCAGCGUCCCUGGGGUGUGCAUUGCCCCAGAUCAUGCCCUCCUAUCCCCUUACCUUUCCCUGGGACGUGGUGUGCCAUCGCUGGAAGCUUUGUGCCCUUCUCUGCCUGACCCCAACCUGCCCGACAUUAGAUACCAGCUUUUGCGUCGCUCCCUGUAUACAUUUCACUCAUCUUGGGCACUCACUACUAUUGCUGGUGUCGAUCUUGCUUCCAGGCUGCGGGCCGGUGAACUGGUCCGCCAUUCCAAGCUGAACUCGGAGCACAUUCCGGAGCCGACGCAGAACAUCCGCAACAUCAUUAAACAAUACCAGCAACCAAUGCGAAUCCCCGAACCCAUCAGGAAGGAAGGAGGCAAAGUCUUUGUGAAGAAGAUGGAUCCUCACGAAGAAGCAUUGAAGAUCUUGAAGGGGCAGUUGACCACCACGGAAGCUCCUGUGCGGCCUCCACCGACUCUUUGGGAAACUGUGCCAAAGGAGGUGGUGGCCAUGGUGAAACCUGUGCCGACUGCCAAGGCGGUGGUGCCCCCCGCCAUCCGCUCAUCUCCUCCUGCCAUCACCAGAUCUUUCCAAGCCGCCCCACCAGACUGGUCAUUGAGCGGCCCCUCUUUCCCAGCCUUGGCUUCGAGGGAAUUACCGACUGAAGAUGACCAAAUCCAGACACGGCUUCACCGCCGGUGCAGCGAGGAAUUCUACGCCUAUCGCAGCGUCUCUUGGAAAAUCUAUCUCAGGAAAGAGGUUUUUUAUCCCAAGGAGAACAUCAACAACCCUCUUCUGCUCGAUCUUCUUUUCCGGCAGAUCUUCAGUGAUACCCAGUCAGAGGCCUGCUUACGCAUCACCCAGGAUGAGAGGCUCCGCAUGAAGACCCUCUUUGCGGAAAACAAGCUGGACUCCUUCAGUCCGGUGGCUGAUGAAAGCGUCAAGAAGGAAAUCAUAAGUGUUGCCCGGGAUGUUUGGGAAGUCUACUUCUCCCGUCUUUUCCCAGCCACAGGCAGUGUGGGCACCGGCGUCCAGAUUCUGGCCGUUUCCGACACAGGGAUCAAACUCCUGCGGCUGGUCAAAGGGACCAACUUGCUUGGAGAACAACUUCGGGUCUUGCGGGGCUACAGCUAUGGAGAAAUCCUUUUUGUCUCCAUCCCUUCCAAGAACAUGCUGGAGUUCAACCUCAGCCACGAAAAGCUCAUCCUCUUCUCCCCCAAAGCCUCCCAGGUCAAGGCCUUGGUCGACUAUUUCAUCAUGGAGCUCAAGAAGGAUUCCCAGUACAUGGUUGCUAUCAAGAACCACAUCAGUGACGACAACAAUCUCUUGCGUUUCCACAAAGGAGACAUCAUUUGCCUUCGGCCCAUGGAGGGCUUGGGCCCAGACCGCUACUUCGGCUGCGUGGUGAGGAAGAAAGUCCUGCUCCUGGAGGAUGUCAAGAAGGGCACCCUGGAUUUUGGAUGGAAGUUUGGCGCCAUCUAUGGGAAAUCUGGCUUUUUCCCUGCCGACUGCGUCCAGCCUGUGGCCGCUCCGGAUUUCACCCAUCUUCCGACAGAGAAGAAGGAAGAACCCAAGGACAAGCAAAGCAAAGUAGCCGCCUCCGCUUCGGUGGCUGUGGCCGUGGCAUCAGCAGCCGUGGCACAGGAGCUUGACAAAAAAAUUGAGGCAAGUCCAUCAAGGAGUGAAUAUGCAGAAAGUGGGGAGGAAGUUGGAGGUGCCAAGCCUAGUGCCCCGCCCGGCAGCAGCCCUUUGACCAUGCUGGAGUUUGCCAAGAAGUAUUUCCGAGAAGUUCAAAUUCGUUUCAGGGACCCAGAGAAGCAGAAAUCCAAAAGAAGCAGCGAGUCGAAGGGAGUUACAGAGUUGCUAAAAUUCACCAAGAACCCCAUCCAGGAAUCGCUCAUUGAAUUUACGGACAGCAGCCUGAACAAACUGGCUUCGGAAGCCUUCCAAGCUGUGAUGAAGUUCAUGGGAGACCUCCCGCUCAAAGGACAGACCGAGUUAGAUGCAGUCUAUGCACUUUUGAAGCUCUGUGGAGACCAUGAGGUCCUCAGGGAUGAAGUUUUUUGCCAGGUCAUCAAACAGAUUACGGACAACACCAGCUCCAAGGUGGACAGUUGCCAGAAAGGAUGGCGGCUCCUCUACAUUCUCAGUGCCUACUACCGAUGCUCUGAGGUCCUCAAGCCUUACCUUCUAUGGUUCCUUCAGGAGAUCUACAAUGACUCCACCAUGCAUUUCCAAGGAAUUGCCAAAGCCUGUGAGCAAAAUCUGCAUAAAACGUUCCAGUUUGGUGGCCGGAGUGAAUUCCCCAGCAGCAUAGAACUCAAAGCUGUGGUGGCCGGACGCAGCUCCAAGCGACAGCUCUUCCUCUUGCCAGGAGGGAUCGAGAGGCACCUCAAAAUCAAAACUUGUUCGGUUGCCCAGGAUGUUAUAGAAGAGCUGUGCUCUGAAAUGGGUCUGUGCCGUCCCGAAGCCAUCGAUGAGUACAUCAUUUUUGCUGUCACCAACCGAAAUCAGAACGUGCGACCUUUGAACAAAAGGGAGUACAUCCUCGAUGUGGCCACAGAGGUAGACAGCAACUCCAUGUUCUGGUACCGGCGUGUCAUCUGGGCCCAGCCCUUAAAAUUUGACAACGAGCUCUACGUCACCAUGCAUUACAACCAGGUCCUGCCAGAUUAUCUCAAGGGCCUUUUCAACACCAUCCCACCAAGUGAGCAGCAGUUCCAGCAAGUCUCCCGGCUGGCGGCCCUCCAGCAUCGGGCCAAGGACCGCGUCUACUUGCCAACCCUACGGGAGGUCCAGGACUACAUCCCACCCCAGUUCUUCCAUCUGCAGAAAGCUCAAGCUUGGCUUGAAAUGGUCACGCAACACAUCCAACAAGCGCAGGCCCUGAGCAUGCACCAGGCUCGUGCACAGUUCCUAGGGCUCUUGAGUGCCUUCCCGAUGUUUGGCUCGUCCUUCUUCUACAUCCAGAGCUGCAGCAACAACACUGUUGUCUCCCCUUGCAUCCUUGCCGUUAACCAGAAUGGGCUGAACUUCUUGGACAAGGAGACUCAUGAGCCCAUUGUGACCUUCUCGUUGAAAGAGAUCCAGUCAACUCGCACCCAGCGCCCUUCAGCUGGCUCUAGCUAUCCAUAUGUCGAGAUCAUGUUGGGGGAUCUGAUGUCCCAAAGGAUCACGCAAUUGCAGCUGGAACAGGGUCUGGAGCUAUGCCGGGUGAUCGCCACACACAUGGAGAGCUUGCUGCAUGCAAGGGAAAAGAGGCUUACACUCCCACCGAGUGAGAUUACGCUACUGUGAUCAGAUCGACUAUGUCCCUCCUGAAGAACGUUCAACUCUGGGUGAAAAAAUGGAGGCACAUGGAAGCCACCUCCUGUUCCUCCUUUCCCUUCAAUGAAACCGUAUUUAUCCCCUUAGAAAUCCCAGGGUCUUCUCCAGUUCUCAGGAAGAAAUGGAGGAAUCCCAGGGCAAGAGUGCUGUCUUGGAAAUGGGCCUCCUCUUCAUUUGUUCAGCUUCAUUAUUAUUUGAAAAGCAUAUUCUGCACAAAUGUGGGGGUUGUUGACUUUAAUCACUGCCCCUUUAUACCAUAGUAACGUAUAGCCAGGGGCCCCAACCAUGGCAGUUUGCAGUUGCUCACAGUAAAGAAAUCCAUUUGAUUUCAGGAUGGACUUCUUUUGGUGGGUUCUCCUUCAAUAGAGAAGUCAGAUGGCCAUCCCUUGGGGACCCUUUGAUUGUGACCUCUUUUAUCAACCAGGACUUGGAAGCAAUUUAUUUGACUUUACGUAUGAAACUAUAUCUAUUCAAUUGGUCCUAGAAAAAUGCUGUUGAUCCAUUUGGUUCCUAGUUAUUCAAAAUGUGAAGGAGUCAAAGAGCAAAAGUUUUGUCUGACUUCGGUUCGAUGGGGGAGAAGCAACUGACAGAGAAAACCAGUGAAAUACUUUUUUUCUAGGAACAGAAGAUGCAAAGGAUCAUCCAUAAAAGCCAAAUUUGGUCAGAGCUUUUUGCAAAUCCAAGAAGAAAUAGUGGAUGGAGAAAAGAUCGAAGGCUCAGAUCACUAUCUUAGCCUCUCUGCAGAAUCUGGUCCAUCAUUUAAGUUGGUCAAGGAUCCUUCCUUCCUUCCUUCGGCUUCAUAAAUCAAUACAAAAGAAGAACUUUCUCAAUUUAAGACAAAGUUUUUUAACUUCUCAUAAUACUUACCCCAAAUGGACCAGGCUGCAUUCUUCACCUGGACUAAUCUAUAAGAGAAGCUUCCUUUGGCCAGCAAGACAAACUAGAUUCCAGAUCCUCCAAACAACGCAAGAACUGUUGUUUUCUUCUCCAUCUGGAACUACGUUUCUCCUUUUCCUCCAACAGCUGGCACGCAGAUGUUUCUGGAAGCUUCCAAACAGAGCAUAACAAUGACUCCUCCACCGCCGUCCCUCAACUUCGGUGGUUUAUAUGCACAAGUCAUUUGUAAAAUUAUUCACAAGCUUUUGUAACUCCUCGGGAUCCUUUGUAGCAUAUCCUGGUUUUCUUUUAUCAUUGUCAUUAUUAUUAUUAUUUUUAUAUAAAAGCAACAAAUCAAUCUUCAAAACAACUGGCGAUUGUGCCAUUCAGGAGAGACCGAUAUGUAGCAAUAUAAUUUUUGUACUAGUUUUACACUCCUGAUAGCUUUUCUGGGAUUUUCU